CCGUUUCUUGAACUGUUUAAAAGAAGACAUACGAAAGGCCAAUCCUCAUUUCAAUGCCUGGAAGGGAAAACAUAACCUCAACUCCACUUUGAAAACAAUCUUUGCGAGAACUUUCUUCAGAGAUUUUACAUAGGUGACUUAUACAAUGAAGAAAAAACAGAUUUUCUGGGCGUCUGUGUGUCUGCUACUUAGUUGUGCCUCUGUCCAUCUUAAUGUUGAUUAUGAGGAUGAUGAAGACUAUCCGGACUACCUAGACACUACAGUGUCUAAUUUACCAUCGCUGAGGCUUGUACAUCGAUUUUGUGCAUAUAGAGAGGAGACUGGCCCAUGCAGAGCAUUUCUGAGGAACUAUUUUUUCAACAGUAGCACUCAACAAUGUGAAGAAUUUAUAUAUGGGGGAUGCGGAGGAAAUAAGAAUCGAUUUGAAACCCUGGAAGAGUGCAAAAAAACAUGUGUAGUAGAUUAUGAAAAGGCACUGAAAGCAUUGGUCAAUGCGAAUGAUGACAGAACCCAACCUGACCCUGUGCCUACUGAACCCCUGACACCUCGGCCUACCACUGCUGCCAGAGGUUUAGGCUUUUACGGCCCCUCCUGGUGUCUGACCCCAGCAGACAGAGGACUGUGCAAAGCCCAUGAGAAGAGAUUCUACUACAAUUCGAGUGUUGGGAAAUGCCUCACAUUUAAUUACAGUGGAUGCGGAGGGAAUGAAAACAACUUUGUUUCUGAAAAGUCAUGUCUUAGGGCUUGUAAAAAAGGUAUCACCAAAAAAGCAUCCAGACAAAGAUUAAUUAGAAUUAAAACAAGAAGAAAACACUCAAUGGGAAUAGCAUAUCACUACAACUGAAUUCUACUAAAAUAUUUUAGGUGAAGCAUUUCCCUAUGGUUUCCAUUUUUCUUGCCUAAAAUCCUUUUAAUUAAUAUUUUCAUGAGUUUCCUAUGCAUAUAGCACCUGCUAUGAACACAUUUGCAUCAGUGUUCCUUUACUAAUCCAGCCAAAAUGUUUAUUCUAGGACUAUAAUUUAUUAAUGGACUACUCUGAAUUUAUUUACUCCCUUGACCCCUUUCUAUUUACCACUUAACUACAAAUUACCAGACUGCUGGCCACAUCAAAUCAGUCCAUUUUUCUAUUUGGUGAUCACCUAUUUCAUAAAAAUGUUGUCAUUUGUUUUGCUCACACUUGUAUGUGAUGGUCUCCUUUAUAGCUCAUGCCCAGAAUUAAAAGUACAGAUUUAAAAAACAAGCCCUUUUGGGAUUUCACACCUAAAAUGGUGACAAGCACCUUCUCCUGAUAAAGAUUUCUCCCUUGUGCAUUUGGAAAGAGCUGGUACUAGUAGAAUUCUAUCUCCUGCUUCCCUCCCGAGACACAGUCAUCCUCUUGCACUAACCAGGACCCCAUGGAUUUGAACACAGAAGAGUCAAUUCUGUGUCACGUGCCUGCCUGAUUUUCUUUAACAUUCUUUUUUGUUUGCUAAUGGCCCAUUAUAUCAAUAAAGAUAUGAUUGAUUGAAUAA